UCUGUAAUGAACUGAACUUUGUUUUAUUGUUGAAGCUGCAGCAGCUGGAAGUGAGUGUCGUUGGUUUCGUGUUUACCUUGACGCUGUUGUACUUGUCAUUCAGACAUCCCAGGAAUUCAAUACGACUAGGAACGAGCCAGCGCAGCACAACAAGGGCAUUUUUGCUUAAAACCGCGUCCUUGUCGCCGCGAAAGGUCAAGCAAGCGACGUUAGCUGUUAAAAUAAGGAAAGUGUCGAGGAAAGUGGCAGCUACAGACGCUGGAGUAGCACACAGAUGUGAGGUCAGAUAUCAGAGACCCUUUCUAUCGUUGCAGCCCUGGAGUGGUGACAUCCUCUUCAUUUCCUUCAUUGUUAUUGACAUACAUGCUUUUACAUGAAGAGAGGGGAGAAACCCGAAGGAUACAGACAGAUGAGACCGAAAACGUUCCCCGCCAGCAACUACAGUGGCAACAGCCAACAAAUGCUACAGGAAAUACGGAAGAGCCUGCGUAACUUGUCCAAACCCUCUGACCCGCCUAAAGUGGACAUUCCCAUACCUGGAAAAAUGCACCCUGAGGAUUCAAGGCAACAGGGGCGCUGUAGCAACCCCAAAAAUCACUACCAUAAGUUACAGGAGAUCCGCAAGUCUCUAUUGCCAUUUGCCAAUGAGCCCAGCGCUCCAGGCUCUGAUGUUAACAAACACACGUUGCUGGAACCCCCAUAUGCUGGGUUUGAGGAGCCAAGCAGCAGUCGAGGUGCGGGGCUGACUAUUGACUACACGGGUAAGGUGAGCUACCAAGACUCAAUGAGGGAACAGAUGGCUGUUGCCAACCCCAACGCUACAGGCCUGAAAGCCCCAGGAGCUUCUCAUAUCCAGCAAGCUGUGCUGAGGAGGCCAAGCUGGAAAGGCUCUAAGGAGUCUCUGGCUACUCGACAUGGUCCUCUCAUGGUGGAUGGAAUGAUGUACCGCUCAGACAGUCCUGGACCGCCUCCUGCCUUCCCACAGGGCCAUCCUGCUAACAGCCAGAGAGUUAACCCUCCACUGCCUCCUCAGGUACGCAGUGUCACACCUCCACCAAACCGUGGUGCCAUGCCUCCUGCAUCGUCCUGGGACAGCAACCCAUCAACCAAGCGUUACUCUGGAAACAUGGAUUACCUUGUGCCCCGCAUCUCUCCAGUACCCCAGGGGGCCUGGCCUGAUGGGUACCCAACUGCAGCACCUCAGAAUCAGCGUGGUAUCAGCCCAGUGCCUGUGGGGCACCAACCCAUCAUAAUGCAAAGCUCUGGGGGGAAUAAGUUCACCUUCCCCUCCAGUUGGUCUCAGAAUGGCUCCCCCCAGUCUGACUACAUGGCAGGAGGCAGCAGACAGCCCCCUCCUCCAUACCCGGUCAACCAGAGCAGCCGACACAGUCCCACUGAUCAGCAGAUGCAGGCGGGAGGACCUGCAUCGUCUCCUUCUUAUGUUAAUGGUGGAAACCUUCCUCAAUCCAUGAUGGUUCCCAACCGUAACAGUCACAACCUCGACAUGUACAGUAUUGGUCCUCCUCAGCCUUGGUCCCAGGCUCCUCUGGCUUCUAACCAGCCCCAAUCUUCCUCUGGCAACAGCAGCAACCAGGAUCUGUCCCCAUCAUGGCAGCACAACAAGCCAGUCCGCUCAAAUUCUUUCAAUAACCACCAGCUGAACAGCCGACCUGCUCACCCAGCCAGCUCCCAGCCCUCUGCUACCACUGUCACUGCCAUCACACAGGCUCCUAUCCUGCAGCCAGUCAAAAGCAUGCGUGUCCAGAAACCUGAACUACACACUGCUGUCGCUCCCACACACCCUCCAUGGCUGCAGCAGGUACCUCCAUCUGCAGCUGCACCUGCCUACCCAGAACCCUCAGCUGCAGUCCCUCAGAUCCCUGUAGUGGCAGAGGUCCCCAGCUACCAGGGGCCCCCUCCACCCUACCCAAAGCACCUCCUCCAGCAGCAGGCUGCACCCUGCCCCCCAGCAUAUGACGCAGGAGCCAAUAAGCUGGGCACAGGCAGAGAAGAACCUGCUGAAGAGGAGACCAGCAGCAGUGAAAAUGCGAGAGACAAGGCAUCAGAAAGUCCUGAGAGCAUUGCAGCAACAGAGAAAGAGAAGAAGCAAAUCACAACAUCACCUGUUCCUGUCCGCCGAAACAAGAAAGAUGAAGAGCGGAGGGGGGAGUCUGGAAGAAUCGCUCUAUAUUCUCCACAGGCCUUCAAGUUCUUCAUGGAACAACAUGUGGAGAACAUACUGAAGAACCAUCAGCAGCGGAUUCGAAGGAGGAAGCAACUGGAAAAUGAGAUGCAAAGGGUGGGGUUGUCUUCAGAAGCCCAAGAACAAAUGCGUAUGAUGCUCUGUCAGAAAGAAUCUAACUACAUCCGGCUAAAGCGGGCCAAGAUGGAUAAGUCCAUGUUCAAGCGAAUCAAGACGCUCGGCAUCGGAGCUUUUGGUGAGGUGUGCUUGGCCAGAAAAGAGGAUACAGGAGCUCUGUAUGCCAUGAAGACGCUCCGCAAGAAGGACGUGCUGCUGAGAAACCAGGUGGCUCAUGUCAAGGCUGAGAGGGACAUACUGGCUGAGGCUGACAACGAGUGGGUAGUGCGUCUCUACUAUUCAUUCCAAGACAAGGACAACCUGUACUUUGUCAUGGAGUACAUUCCUGGAGGGGACAUGAUGAGCCUUCUUAUUCGACUUGGAAUCUUUAAAGAAGAGCUGGCCCAGUUUUACAUUGCAGAGCUCACCUGCGCUGUAGAGAGCGUCCAUAAGAUGGGCUUCAUCCACCGAGACAUCAAGCCAGACAACAUCCUCAUCGACAGAGACGGACACAUAAAGCUGACUGACUUUGGUCUUUGCACUGGCUUCCGCUGGACCCAUGACUCCAAAUAUUACCAGAGUGGAGAUCAUGUGAGGCAGGACAGCAUGGACUUCAGUAAGGAAUGGGAAGAUCCGGCCAACUGCCGCUGUACAGACCGCCUGAAGCCUCUGGAGCGGAGAAAGGCCAGGCAGCACCAGCGCUGUUUGGCCCACUCACUUGUGGGGACACCCAACUAUAUAGCACCAGAGGUGCUGCUCAGAACAGGAUAUACCCAGCUCUGUGAUUGGUGGAGUGUUGGUGUCAUCUUGUAUGAAAUGGUUGUUGGACAGCCUCCCUUCUUAGCGACCACACCCCUGGAGACGCAGCUGAAGGUGAUAAACUGGAAGAGCACGCUGCACAUUCCCCCGGCAGCCAAACUCAGCCCAGAGGCGUCAGACCUCAUUGUUAAGUUGUGCCGUGGCCCCGAGGACCGCCUCGGAAAGAACGGUGCAGACGAAAUCAAAACUCACCCUUUCUUUAAGAGCAUUGAUUUCUCCAGUGACCUGAGACAACAGGUGGCGCCCUACAUCCCCACCAUCGCUCACUCCACAGACACCUCCAAUUUUGACCCUGUGGACCCAGAUAAACUGUGGAGCAGCGACAGCGAUGGUGAGGACAACCAUAAUGACACCCUGAAUGGCUGGUUCCGCAACGGCAAGCACCCUGAGCACGCCUUCUACGAGUUCACGUUUCGGCGCUUCUUUGACGACAACGGUCAUCCAUACAGCUGCCCUAAACCCAUCGAGUAUGAGGGCUAUAACGAGGACGAGGCAGACUCGGAGGGCACAAUGCAGGAGGCAGCCAGUCCAGAAACACAGGGCCGAGACCUAGUCUACGUGUAGCAGCUGAGGCCAGCUGAGCUGCUUGUAUAUAAGUUUGUGGAAGGGAUUUUGUGUGAAGGGGAGUGCAGCAGUACAGCAUGUAAAUUCUUGAACGUAGGAAAGUAUGUUUGUAGGAACAGUCAAUACACUCUGCAGUACACAGUCGCCUUAACAAACAAUGAAUUGACACUACAAGUUAAAGGAAUAGUUCAACAUUUGUUUUCUUGCCCAGAGACAGCCCAUAGGAAUAAAGAUAUAGCUGUAAAUAUGAAGCUGGCCAGAAAUUGCUUCACUUACCUUAAACACUAGAGACAGGUGCCCUGCUUUGGUCCAAGGGGAAGAAAUCUGCCUGUUAACACCAAUAAGGCCAAGCCUAUACUUUUUUUUAAAUCCGGUAGUGCGCGAAAGUCUACAUGAUGUAAAUUUCAUCAUCUCCCUAAGUCCAUGAGUCUGUGCAGCUCAAAAGAAGAAAAGUGCAGACGUAUGGAUCCAAGUUCUUUCCAACCAACUCCAAGUGGACUGGUGAGCAGUUCGUGGUGUCUGCAGCUGUCCAUGUUUGACCCUGCAAGGAAGUAAAAUCAGGACCUAAGGCUCACUAAGUAACAUGCUGUUUCUUUCAUGUGACAAAAGAACACAAAAAAGCUCACAUCUGAAAAGUUGGAACCAAACAUUCUUGAAAUAUUCUUGCCAAUUUUGUUUAGGUUGACUACUUCUGAUUACAACUUGAGUUAUGUCUCAUAUGUUUUAAAAGCACCUGCCUAAAUACUUCACUCAAGGGGGGUUAGUUGUUGAACCUUGACUUGUGUAAAAGCUUGAAGCUUCUCAAAUUUGUCUUAACACUAUAACUGCAGAUGUUUAUUCUGCAACCAGGAUGUAUACAAAUCUACAGUGAAAUGAAACAUUUUUAGUGUGAGAAAAUCUUUACUUUUUGGCAUAGAACAACCAUUAUAUAUGCAUCAUCAGGCUUGUGCACGGUUUCCAUUCAGCACUUUCAGUUUUGUGCCUAUCAAGCAAAUAAACCAGAUCUGACAUGUUAGUAGGGAGUUUUAGAGAUGCUGGUAGGUAGAAUUUCUUUCCUUCGGCCAGAAUCGGGGCUUCCAUUUAACAUAAUUAUGCUAAGCUAAGCUUAACCAGAUGCUGUCUGUAGCCUUUUUCAGUCUACUAUAAAUCUUGGCUUGUUUUCCGGAAGUGUUGUAUUUUAAUUUGUGAGAGGUGACGCUGUACGAUGUGUGCUGCCUGAAAACCCUAAAAGGAACAGAAAGCAGGAAAAAGCAAAAUCAGGGUGCUCUCAUUGAUGACUUAUUGCAAACCCCCUAAAGCCUUAAUUUAUUUAAGAAACAGUGUAGAUGCUGUUUGAGUGUGGGGAUUUUUGUUGUUGGAAUUACUUUCAUUAGUAAGAUUUGUCUUAAUUUAUAUUUUAAUGUUUGUUGCCAUGGGGAUUUAGUGACUUUUAGAAAUUUGCAGGGAUACAUUAUUCUAAUUAUUCAUUGCUGUGCCUUUUAUGAUUUUUUUUAAUUUUAUUUUAUCUUUCACCAAAUAUAAAGAGGGUUAAUAAUCAUACUGGUAUUUUAAAUAAGAGUAGAAGUGGGUGAUUGAACUUCAGUAGUGUCUUGUUAUAUUUUUCUAAUUUAUACCUAAAAUGUAUUUAUAAAUUAAGUUGUAUACAGUGGAUGUAAAUAUGUUUCUUCUUCCCUGUCAGCUGAUUUUUUUUUUCUUUUUUAGUUUUCCUUCUGGGCAGGCCCUCAUCAGUGUCCACCGCUGCUGCCUUCUGUUAAUAUGUAUCUUUUAACACUAAUUCACAGGACUCUGAAUAGAUUUAAGGCCUUUUGUUGAACUUACUUUCAUUGCCAUUUAAUGCUCACCUCUCAACCAAAGCACUAAAUAGGUUUGUUUUUUUUAACUUUUUUUUCUUUUACAGUAACUCACAUUUAGAAACAAACUGUCACAACACCAUGAAGCUAGUUUUUGUGGUAUUAUGUUACACAAUCAUCCAGAAGUACCUUGCCUUUUUGGCACCUGAUCAUGACAUCCUAUAAUACUUCACAUGGCGACCUGGGGAAACACCACAGGCCACUGUCAGAGUUGAUUUUUUUGUGUGCUGCCGUAUUGAAAAUAAAGAGAAACUGGACUCUUCAUCACAUAUCAUGAUGAUUUUGUAACCCGCUGUACUUUUGUGUGUGUAGGAAAGAUCUCUGAAUGUAGUUGUUAUGACUUAAUGGUGACCACUGUCAUUCUGCACUGGUUUUGUGUUUUCAUUGUGAGAGAAUUUUAUUUUUGUGUACGUUAUUGCUCUGGGAGGUUUGGAAACAGGGAAGAGGGUGAUAAAUAAAGAAUGUAAAGAACAAAAUGUGUUUUACAUGAA